GUAAAGCACCAUUUUUCGCCCUUUAUCGAGAAAAGGAGAGGAAUGAGGUUUUGAUUCGGUAGAGAGAGAGAGGGUUUUGAUUUAGAGAGAGAGGAAUUCUGAUUAGCAGAGGGAGGGAGAGGAAGUUUUGAUUUAUUAAACAAGUGAAAAAAUUCAAGGGUAUAUAUUGAAUUCACAUGAAUGUAGAGAGAGAAGUUUUUUGAGUAACAAAUAUAGAGAGAGAGAAGUUAACACUAUUUGGAGAGGGAACAAAUACAUAGGUAGGCAAUUGCAUACUACCUUCUUCACACUGGUGGGAAACCAUGUUUCUUCCAAGGCCUUUCAGAUCAGCUGUGUUUGGAAUAUAUGGCUACUUGUCCUUCACCAAAGCCAGUUUUGAGAAAAAUUCGAAGAACUUUAAUGAGGAGGACAUGAAAAUAGAUAUGAAAGGAAAGAACUGCAUGGUCACUGGAGCUAAUUCUGGCAUUGGUUAUGCCACUACUGAAGGUCUCGCUUCACGUGGUGCGACUGUCUACAUGGUUUGUCGUAGUAAGGAUAAAGGAGAAGCUGCCCGGUCUGAAAUCCAAUCAAAGACUAAUAAUUCUAAUGUGCAUCUUGAGAUUUGUGAUCUCUCCUCUGUAAGUGAUAUCAAAUCAUUUGCAUCAACGUUUUCUUCAAAGAAUCAGCCACUUCAUGUCCUGGUCAACAAUGCAGGCUUAGUCGAGAACAACCGUGUCACUACUAAAGAUGGAUUGGAGUUGAACUUUGCUGUGAAUGUGUUGGGGACCUAUGCCAUAACCGAAUUGAUGCUACCAAUACUAGAAAAAGCAGCCCCAGAUGCCAAAGUUAUCACUGUCUCCUCAGGAGGAAUGUACACAGAGCCCUUGACCAAGGAUUUGCAGUACAGUGAAAGCAACUUUAGUGGUUUACAACAGUAUGGUCGAAACAAGCGAAUCCAGGUUGCGCUGACAGAAAAGUGGGCUGAUAUACAUAAAGAUAAAGGCAUCGGAUUCUACUCAAUGCAUCCGGGUUGGGCUGCGACACCUGGGGUAGAAAAAAGUCUACCCAGUUUCUUUAAAGCCCUUGAAGGAAAGCUUAGAUCAAAUGUGGAAGGAGCAGACACUGUAGUUUGGCUAGCUCAACAACCAAAGGAGAAACUGAAUCCUGGGGCUUUUUAUUUUGACCGAGCUGAGGCCCCGAAACACUUGCCUCUUGUCAAAAUCACAAAUGAUCCCAUCGUGAUGGACUCCAUUCUAGACUCUCUUCGUUCAAUUAGUCGGAUUCCUUGACAAGACGGAACAUCGACUGAAAUUCGUCAGAAACCAAUGGAAUGGAAUGGAAUGGACAAUAUAUUGUUUGUUCCAUGAUUAGUGAUUAUUUUGUCAAAGUAAGCUACUAAUCUGUAAUUAAGAUAGUAUUGGUGAAAAAACUUUUCGUGUGUUGCUAGCCAGACUCAUAACAUAUCAACAUAUAACUGCUAUAUAUUGGAGAAAUGUAUCCUGUACAUGCACAUGAUAAAUUCUUUUAAUGAAAGGGUAGAUGCUAAGGGUGAGUUUGGAUUUGCCGA